AUGGCAUUGCUUCCGAAGGUCACAGCUUCUCGCUUGCAAGUAGCGACAUACCUGCUGGGCAUUGCCUUGUUCAGCAUUUCAUUUCUUGUCUUUUUGAACAGCACCAUCUCCUUCGUUGUCACGAGUGUGGUCGGCAGGAGAGAAAGAGUCGGAGAUGCAGUGGGCACACUCGGUUUCGCGGAUGAGAUCCUCGCCAUAAUUGCAUGCCCUCUAUGGGGACUUCUGAGUGACAGAAUCGGCACACGCCCAGUGGCCGUGAUGGGAUACAGCAUCAUCGGAGUGAGUUUGAUCUGUCUGGUUCAGAGCACGAAUGUUUAUCCGGAUAUGCUGCUGAGCCGGCUCGGCUUCAGCUUGGGCGGCGCGGCGUGUUCGACUAUGGUCACGGCCAUCCUUCCCGCCAUGGUCGCGCAGGAUUCGGCGCAGGCAGCCAACGCCGAGCGCGAUACAUAUGAGACCAAGUCCGCCGACACGGCCCAGAUCGCCGGCAUUGUAGGAUUAUUCACGGGAGUGGGCGCCCUACUUGCACUUGCGGUAUUCCUUCCUCUUCCAGCUCUGUUCCAAAGUAAAGGCCAGAGCCAAGCGGAAAGCGUCCGGACGAGCUACUACAUUGUGGCUGCAAUCGCCUUUGCCGUAGCCUUAUUCACAUUCUUCGGCCUUCGAAAUCUGCCAGGCGAGGCAGGCAAAACUUGGAGAGGGACUUUCCGGACACCGUACGAUGAAACUACGAGCCUCGAUACAGAGGGGAAUCUCCACACGACAAUUUCUCCAGCACCAACAUACAUUUCACUGAUCAAGGAAUCGGUCAAGCUCGGUUUUACUGAUCACGACAUCGGACUGGGCUAUUUAGGAGGGUUCGUAGCGCGGGCUUCCUCGGUGGCCAUCAGCCUAUUCAUCCCGCUCUUUGUCAAUGCAUACUUUGUUCAUAACGGGCUAUGUACAGCAAAUCCGGACAAUUCCAAAGACAUCAAGGAAAAUUGUGAGCGGGCAUACAAGCUCGCUGCAGCGCUGUCAGGUAUUGCUGAGACUGCAGCUCUCCUUUGCGCUCCCCUGUUUGGUGUACUUGCUGGGCGCGCGGCCAAGGGAAGAUCAGAAUGGCCGUUGCUCUUCGCGACCCUUUUCGGUAUAGUCGGCUAUGUGAGCUUCGGUUUGCUUCGCAAUCCAGACGCAUUCCAUGGCCAUGGCGGAGAGUGGGCGCUCUUGUCUGUCACUUUCGUCGGCAUCAGCCAGAUCGGUGCGAUCGUUUGUUCCCUGGGGAUGCUCGGCCGAGGAAUACAUCGACGUUCUGACGCCGACGGAGCCGGGCUCGACAGCUCGCUCGGUACAGGCGCACAGUCGGCACCGGGCGAUGAAGUCUCGAACGAAGGUGCUGAGGCAGCUCCGUUGCUUUCCACUGAAUCUGCAGACAGCACGAAUGUGUCACUGGAUCGUUCCCGACUGAAAGGUAGCAUUGCAGGUAUAUACAGCCUCGUGGGAGGUGUUGGCAUCCUUUUGCUCACCAAAUUGGGAGGAGCGCUGUUUGACUCCUGGAGUGUCGGCGCACCUUUCUUCCUGAUGGCCAUCUUCAAUGGCGUGCUUUGUCUGGCGAUUUUAGCGGUUUCAGGCCGAGGCGCCGUUCGCACUCAACUGAGCCGCGUUCGGCGCACCCGGAGAGACGAUUGA